CAGAGUUUGUUUGGAAUAGCGACGGUGGUCGAGCAGGAGCCAGGAGGCAGGAGUGACAACAGUAACUGUACUAUUUUGUGUCCACUCGCGUUCUUACUCAAAAUAUGAGCAUCUUCGGGAAACUCUUCGGUGGGGGAAAGAACGAUAAAGCCCCCACGGCAGGAGAAGCCAUCCAGAAGCUGAGAGAUACUGAAGAAAUGUUAAUCAAAAAGCAGGAUUUCUUGGAGAAGAAAAUUCAGCAGGAAAUUACUAUUGCUAAGCAGAAUGGAACCAAAAACAAGAGAGUGGCUCUUCAGGCUUUGAAGCGCAAGAAGAGGUAUGACAAGCAACUUCAACAGAUCGAUGGAACUCUUAGUACUAUUGAAAUGCAGCGUGAAGCCCUUGAAUCAGCCAACACAAACACCAAUGUUUUGCAGACUAUGGGUGAAGCUGCCAAGGCACUUAAAUCAGCUCACCAGCACAUGAAUGUGGAUGAAGUACAUGACAUGAUGGAUGAUAUAGCAGAGCAGCAGGACGUAGCUCGGGAAAUUUCUGAAGCAAUUUCAAACCCAGUGGCGUUUGGAGAUGAUGUCGACGAAGAUGAUCUGUUGGCUGAGCUGGAAGAGCUGGAACAAGCAGACUUGGAUGAAAAACUCUUGAACACUGCUGACGCUGUGUCAGACUUGCCAGAAGUUCCUACCAGUGCCAUCGCUAAGCCUGAACGUAGGAGGAAGGAAGAAGACGAAGAAGACAUGGCUGAAUUAGCUGCUUGGGCAUCUUAAACAUGGUUUCCUUUUCUAUGGACCCUGGUCCCUGCUGUUUUGUUAGCCUUCCAGUGAGUACUCCCAGCAUGACGAUGGUCAUCACAAAAAUGCCACUGAAAAUUGGCUCAUACGCGCUUACAUACAAACCAGCCUGUUCUGAAUCCGGAUAAUAUACACCUAUAUAUUAUAACUAAUGUUGCUUGUGUUUUCGUUAGAGAUAAGUUGUAGCCUUGGGUCAAUGUGUAAAGUCAGCUUCAAAUUCUCAUAUUUUUAUUUGGAGACUGUGCAGGAAGCCUUUGGAAUAAAUGAUGAGCAACAUUUACUGCAAAGUCUUUUUUCUUUUAACAGUUAUCAGGGAAGUUUCUUACUACAUUAAUUUCAUAACCUUAGUUGUGUUGUGUACAUUGAUGAUCAGGUUAAGAAAUACUGAUAAUGAAUUACUCCAGAAAAAGAUUCGUUUUUAAGUGUCAAUGUUCCUAGUUACCAACCCAGUUUCUACACUGUACACUAACUUUAUAGAGGAACACAGACUGUCUUGAUUGUUGUUAAUUUAUUCAUACGUGGUUUUGAAUGAUUUUGCAUUGCAAUGUUGCUGAUAUGCAGAGGUCUUUGUGGUUGUGAUGGGAACAGAGAUUCUUAGUUGCAUUGGUACUGUGUGAAGACUACGUAUUCUGGCAUUGUGUAGGAAAUGUGCCUUAUCAAAAUUGCAUGCAAGGCUAACAAUUAUUGCUCCCAUCACUCUUUACAAUACUCAUCAUCACAGGCACAGCAGGCAGGUGUUGGGUAUGCAAGGUGCAGUUGGGUGUUCCCACCAUGUGAGGCUUUACAAUAAUUCGUCCUUUGUUAUGUACCCUGUAAAUAUUAUACAUUUUAAAUGAGCCAUGUAUGUAAUUAUUAUGGUGAGAAGCUUAAUCCUUUUCCUUUGUUCUCAAGAGAUAUGUCUAUUUGCAGUGAGCAGCUGUAUGCUUAAAGAAAUGUUUCAGUUACCUUUUUUCUUUUGUACAUGAGAAGAUAGAGUCUGAUUGCGGUCUUGUGCUUUUAUACCUGCAGGUAUGAGUGUUGGACUUUGAUAUAUUAUUUUCACUAUUCCAUAGCUCAUUUGGUAGUGUUUGCCUCGCAAGUGAAUGGUCAAGUGGAGAAUUGGGUUCCCUCUUUGUACACUAGCCCUUGUGCACUCGGCAGUGAAUGACUACACUAUCUGGUGCACUUACUGGUGGUGGAACAACACUCAGUGAACAAGAAUCCUGCCAUUGGGGUGCAAUAAUCCAACAGCUGCUAAAUGCUAAGAUCUUGAGGUCAGCACCUGUCCAGCCACCUUGCAAAGCAGGAAAGGCUUGGGUAAUUGAAAACCUUAAGCCUCUUCUUUUUUUCUCAUGUGAUGAGGCUCAUGAAGCUGUGCAUUUACACAGUUAAUUUUUAGAGAAAUUACUAUUGUAGAGAAUUUUAUUUAAAAGAUAAGGUAUAAUUGUGCCCCUUUUGAGGUCGGUAGUGUAAAUACCAAUGACUUGGAAGGCCUGGCUUGCAACGUUCCAGAAAAGUAAUUCAUGCAUACAAGAUACCCAAUGAUUUAUUUGAAUAUAAACUGCGUCAAUAUCACUUUAUGUAUUUGAUAUAAUAAAAAUGUUAUUUCCAA